UCCCCCAUGAUGCCUAAAAUAGAUCAGUCCUGUAGAGCUGUUUUUCUGCACCCAGUUCCAUGUAAGCCCUGCUUGGACUGUCUAUGGAGAAGAGGCUUUAUAACUGACCUUGUCUACUCUCAUACGGGGAUCAAAGCUGGAUUUUGGAUUUAUGCACGUUUGGGAUGUCAUUGUUAGGGGUCCAAGCAACAUAGUUGCUGUGGACCAAUUGCAUUUCUUUCUUCUUUUGUGUGGCCACUGGUGUGUGGCAUUCAGCGAGUAUUACAGCUGCUGCUGCUGCUGCUGGACUGUUAUCUUAUCAGCCAUGUGACUCUGAGCUGCGAUGGAUCAGGGAGAUAAAUGUGUGUUAGGACCCUCGAGUGUCUGUUCAGUGUUCAGUGUGUUUCCUUCGUGCUCUGUAUUGUUGUUGUGUAAUGCAAGCCCUUCUCCUUGAGUUCUCUAUAGCAGGAGGUUGUUGUUUCUAGGAUCUAAGUUUAAAUCUGGGUUUCUCACAGUUAGUGGCUAACAUAUGCCUGUUUUUCUUCCUAUGACAAAUAGUUAUACAAUAUUAGCAUAAUUGGUCAAAUGUAUGACAUGAAUCUUUAAAAAAUGACACAGAUAUAUUUUGGCUAGAACCUAACACAGUUUUGAGAGACAGAAAAUAAGAUUGAUUUGUGAGAUAGAUGAGGUAACGCCCUUUAAUAUUAGUAAAUCAUAUUUUCUCCUCAGUAUGAUAAGUCAUCUCAGACCGUAUGUGAAUGUUGUGGUGCUGUGGAUCAGCGGGUGGUUGAAGUAUGCGUUAGAGAAGGUGUGGAGAAUGCCGUUCUCAGUGCCACACACCUGGGUGACAUCACCAGGCAACUCAGGUGAAGGACUGUAUGACAGGUUGUCAAAGGAGUGGCUAACCAAUGAGGUGUAUCGUACCUAUCACCAUGGAAGUGGAACAAUGGUUACAGUCCAGACUAGCACACAUGCCUUCUACGUGAACCUUGGUCGACUGACUGACUGUAGUGAGUACUUCAGAGCCCUGUCCCAGUCCAAUAUGAGAGAGACCACAGAGAGCCUGAUUGUCCUGGACCACAUUCCCUCCUCAGUCUUCCAUUCCCUCCUAGAAUUCUGCUUCCGGAAUGACUUCAGCGUUCCCCCGGAGGAGUUGGGAGAACACAUCCAAGUGGGCAGCUACCUGCUGGCUGAGGCCUUUGUGUCGCAGUGCCUGUUGGCCCUGUCUGGUGUUCUAACCCCAGACACCUGCCUGUCCUACCUGGCUCUGGCCCGGGACAUCAGCUGUACUGAGCUGGAGACGACUGUGUUCUCCUACCUCAGCAGACACCUUCUGGAGCUGUCUCACCUCACCAGGUGUUUGCCAGCUGAAGACAGGGCUGAACUGACCCGUCUGAGGUGGCAGGGUGAUCUCCGGCUCUGCUGCGUGAGGAAGGAGAACCUGACCUCCUGGAAUGACCUAGAAACAGAAGCCGCCCGCCACCUCUUCACCCUAGAUGGAUCAGAGGUCACUGGUGACUGGCGUCCACUAACAGAGCUCCCCUUCAUGUCUGAUAAGUGGUGCUUCACCACGGUGGUUCUACUCAACUACCUCUACCUCAUCGGUGGCUACAGGCAGCGGGCCAAGAGGGGCUGGGAGUUCAAAAUGGCCUCCUUUAGGUACAAUCCCUUCACCAACACCUGGGUCUCCACUGCACCUCUCAUCAAGCACAGGAGGCAUUUCAGUGCGGUGUCAUGUGAUGGCUGUAUCUAUGCUGUGGGAGGCUGGUACUUGGACUCUUUGGUGACUCCUGACUCUAGCACAGCCCUCUACACUGCUGUGGAGCGAUACCACCCCAGGGACAACACAUGGACGUUUGUCUCCUCUCUGCCUUUGACUGACUUACAGUUCACCAUGUCCCUGUCCCAUGACCUCCCUCUGGCCACCAGCCUGGGCUCCCAUCUCUAUGUCCUGGGGAACAUCCAGAGGACUGGAGAAAAGCUGCUUCUACAGUAUGACACCAGGCAAGACUUAUGGUCUGAGCUGCUCCCUACCCUAACCAAAGCCAACGCUGACCUCCCCAGCCUCUACUUCCUGGGUGCCACGGACCGGCUGUUUGUGAUUGGAGGAAACAACUCAGAGAAUGUGGUGACAUCAUUCUGUGUGGAGUCUGGGAAGUGGGGGCAGGUGAAAGGGGCUGAGAAGGUAGCAUUAGCUGGACAGGGGACAGUGCUGGGUGACCAGGUGUACAUGCCAGGUAUAGAACACAAUGCUGCUGUAAGGCUGGAUCUCCACUCUCUAUCGCUCACUGUCCUCCCUCCUCUACCCAUCUGCAUUCGCUAUGAAGCCCUCCUUCACCUUUCCUUCUAAAACAACUUUCAUCAAUUAGUCUGAUUUGACUUGCCUUGCUGUUUCUGGGGUUCAGGUCAGGGUUAGUGCUUCUGGACAAACGCAGACUCAUCAUCAAGGGGGUCUUUGCUACAUGUGGACUUCACCAUUCUGUGUCAGCAACAAUAUGCCUUGUCCUGCUUUCACUCUGCCUUACAUGACAAUUUUUUAAACUUAUGUAGGCCUAAUCUAAAGGAGAUAACUCACCGGACCGAUUGUUGGUCUGUACAGUAGGGGGCUUGCACGGUGUCCUCCGGCUUGUGUUCAGUUUGCAAAUUACAGCCAAGACUGUUCAGAGGUGCUAAGUACUCUCGCCAGCAGAUGCUAGACAAUCCUACCGGUCUGGCCGUCUCUUAAAUCUUUACCCGGAGGAGGAUGGGCUCCCAAUCUAAUUUUCUUCUUAGUCAGGUUCCUUUUCAAGGUUUCCUAGGGAGUUUUUCACAGUAACCACGUUUCCUUCCAGUUUUUAUGUGAGUGAAGUUAUAUCAUAUAAAUUUUUAAAAAUCACGAGAGCUGUGGUGGAAACAGGAAGUUUUGGUACAAUUGUAUAAAUGCCGACAGAUCAUUUGUGCGUUCGACGUGGUGGGAUCUUUUUGUGUUGGUAAGAUUCAUUAUGGCGUUGCAGUGGAAACAACUUAAUGCGCAAGUAUUGAUAUAUUAUAACAAUAUCGAAGGUAACCUGGAGUCACAUGUGAUGAUAUGGUGUGUGGUCCUACUACUAAGACUUGGGAAAUCAUGCAGUUUAUUAGGAUGCAGAUGAAAUAAGUUAUGAUGAAUUUCACAAAAGUGUGCGGUGAUGAGUUUGAUGCGCCUUUCCAAUAAAUGUUGAGUGUGAAAUGAUGAUUGAUGCUUGACUGCCAUUUGACAAAUAAAGAAAUUCUGUC